AUGCCGGCGAAACUUCUGGGAAUGUACCACGUCUACGGUGCGACUCUGCAAAUGAUUAUGCAUACAAUGGACUCCGGACUAGCCUUGCCAGGCGUCAUCUGGUUCACUUUUGUCUCUAUUCGAUGUGGUAAAAGAAGCACCAGCGACACACACACACAAAAGGUCAACUCGUCUAUCUCUCGGUCUCCCGGAGGUGUCUUCUGCCUCUUUUCCUACCGGCCCCAUUUCACACGACCGCUGUUCGUGCCCCAUCGUUGCGGUGUGUCUGUUUUGCCAACCAGCCCAACCAGCCCAAUAAUCCCAACUCAUCUUCAAACCUGGCGCCAAAACGGUUGUGACUACAGUCGUUUGUGUCUUCUUCAUCGUCAAUUGUUGCCUCCUUCGCCUGUUAUGUAA